AUGAACGGAAAUGGCUGGACACCUUUAUCCAUGGAUAUGGAUCUCAAAUAUACAAAAGUGAGUUGUAGGACAACACCAGACUCCAUCUCUACUACGAACCAUCAAGUGUCUCAACAACUUGCAGUCGCUCGCACUCAAUUAGAUGUACUACGAGUAUUGAAAGAAGAAGGUCUGUCGAGAGUGGAUGCAAGGAGCUCGAAAACGUAUGCGACAGCAUUGGUUUUAGCAGCCAAAAGAGGUCAUACAAACAAUGUACGCUGUCUACUAGAUCGUGGUGUCUCUGUUAAUGCUGAAAAUCUGGAUGGAGACACUGCACUGCAAGUAGCUGCCACAGUCGGACAGCUGGAAACUGUAGAACUGCUCUUGAAUACUGGAGCUGCAGUAGAUGAUAAGGAUCGGAACCAUUGGACACCAUUGAUGCUGGCGACACGAGAAGGACAUGAAGAUAUUGUAAGGAGUCUCAUUCGUCGCGGUGCUUCAUUGGAGAUACAAAAUGACAAAGGAGAGACAGCUCUGAAUAUUGCGGCACAAUGGGGUCGACCCAAGAUCGCUCAGUUACUAUUGAAUGCAAGUGGUGAUGUGGAUACGACAGAUACUGAGGGGAUGACGCCACUAAUGAACAGCUCAAGGAACGGACAACUUGCACUAGUAAAACUCUUCGUAACAAAACAAGCGAGUCUGGAAGUUUUGAACAAGUCUGGUCUUUCAGCUCUUCAUCUUGCAGCAGGUGAUGGCCGAUUGGAAGUUGUGCGCGAGCUACUUCGUGCUGGGGCAGAUUUAACAGCACGUGAUCAAGGCAAGGGCUUGACGUCGCUCAUGUAUGCAGCACGACAUGGCCACACUUUUAUUGUUAGAGAGCUUCUACCGUUAUCAUUCCAACGGGGUGUGGACGCUGUUGAAAUCGAGAGCAAGAAAGGGUGUACGGCACUGUACUUGGCAGCUGUGAAACGUCAUAAAGCUGUGUGUGAGAUGCUGCUGGAUGUAGGUGGAGCUGCAGUGGACGCCGCAGAUACAAGAGGAAUGACACCACUUAUGGCUGCUGCUAAGCGGGGAUUUGUGGACAUUGUUCAAGUACUGUUAAGUCGUGGAGCGGCCGUUGAAGCUGUUAAUUGUGAUGGUAAUCGAGCGUUAGAGAUCGCAGCCCGCAAUGGACGAGCUGUUGUCGUCAAGCUCUUAUUGGAAAAUGGAGCCUUCAUUGACGCUCCGAAUCGUACGCGUGGAUACACAGCAUUGUCUACUGCAGCUAUGCGUGGUCGAGUCGAGAUCGUUCAUCUGCUUUUGAGUCACGGAGCGAAUCAAAAUGCUCAAAGCUGUGAUGGAGACACACCUCUACUUCUCGCAGCUACUCAAGGACGUCUUGAAGUUGUACGUGCACUUCUUAGCAAUAGCGCUGCACCAAAUAUCAAGAACGCAAUGGGAGAUACACCAUUGUCAAGAGCGGUAGCUGGGGGCUAUGUAGAAAUCUCAGCACUUUUACGAAUUGCUGCUGAAUUUCAAAAUCAAGGAGCUCUUACCUCUGUACAGGUUCGACCAGCGCCACAAUCUUCUUCGAGCAAGAAUUUCCAAGGCAUAUCGAUGAAUGCAUUCGAUCAGGUUUUAAGUCUCUCGAAACAAAACUGUGGACUACCAACGAAGUGA